AAAUUUAAUUUAUUUCCGUCAAUUUGCGUUUCCUUUAUCCUAAUCCAAAUCUGAAUAAGAACAGUAUGAACAUAUAAACAAACUUGACAAAACUGCAGAAUGAAUUCUUCUAAACUGGAUAGAUCUCCUCCUUAAUUCAUCAAUUUCAUUCAUAGGUUCUUAUUUAAUAAAGAGAUUUGUUGGAGUUUGAUCUGCUUUAGAUUACCUGACUGUAUCUAUUUAUUGGAUCAAACACGUUUUCCAUGGGGACCGAACUUGUUAGACAUCACAUCAAGGAAGAGACUGCAGACAUCUCCAUGCUUCCUUCUGGUUUUGAUUCACUUGCAUCCAUGCCUAAUAAGGGGAGCAGUAAUGAAAAUAAAACAAUUUGCUCAUCCCCUACAAGCAGCUUGCAAUUUCAGAGAUCCCCGGUAAAAUCAGGUUGUAAACCUGAAGGCACGAGAAAAAAGUGUCUAAGACGCCGCCGGUCAGGGUUAAAGUAUGGCCGGGUUGAUAGCAGUUCAGAAGAUGAAUCUAACUAUGGCCAGAAAUUUUCCUCAAGGCCUAACCCAUCCAAAGGGGUUUUCAAUGAGUAUGGAGAUGAUGGAAAUAACCUAAAGGUCACAGCGCGAUGGUGUCCUGAAGGGGCUUGCAGGCCUGAUCUUCAGGAAGCUCCAGUGUUCUAUCCAACUGAAGAGGAAUUUGAAGAUACUUUAACAUAUAUUGAGAGCAUACGGUCCAAAGCAGAAGCAUAUGGAAUUUGCCGUAUUGUACCUCCUACCUCAUGGAAACCUCCAUGUCCCCUCAAGGAGAAGAAGGUAUGGGAAGAAUCAGAAUUUAGCACUCGUAUACAAAGGAUUGACAAACUUCAGAAUCGAGAUUCAAUAACAAAAAAAGCAAAAGCUAAUCAUUAUAAGAAAAGGAAGAGGAGAAGGUUCACUAAAGCUAACAAUACCAAGACCCGCUGCGAUGCUGAAAAUGACGAGUCUGAGGAGAAAUUUGGGUUUGAAACUGGUCCGGACUACACUCUAGAUUCAUUUCAGAAAUAUGCUGGUGAUUUCAAGGCCCAAUACUUUGGAAAGAAUGAAGGUAAAUGGGAGCCGUCAGUGGAAGAUAUUGAGGGUGAAUAUUGGCGCAUGAUCCUGAAACCCACCGAAGAAGUUGAGGUUCUUUAUGGGGCUGAUUUGGAAACUGGAACAUUUGGCAGUGGGUUUCCAAAACAAGUACAUCAAAUCAGCUCUGCUGCUGAGAUGAAAUACAUAAAAUCAGGAUGGAACUUGAACAACUUCCCAAAACUCCCUGGUUCAGUUCUUUCUUAUGAGAGCAGUGAUAUUUCUGGCGUUCUUGUGCCUUGGCUGUAUGUAGGAAUGUGUUUUUCUUCAUUCUGCUGGCAUGUUGAAGAUCACCAUCUGUACUCUUUGAAUUACAUGCAUAUGGGAUCUCCAAAAUUGUGGUAUGGUGUUCCUGGGGCAGAUGCUUUGAAGCUGGAAGCUGCUAUGAAGAAACAUUUGCCAUCCCUCUUUGAUGAACAGCCGGAUUUGCUUCAUAAGCUUGUCACACAACUCUCUCCUUCCAUACUCAAGUCUGAAGGAGUACCUGUAUAUCGAUGUGUUCAGAACUCUGGGGAAUUUGUUCUCACCUUCCCUAGAGCUUAUCAUGCUGGUUUCAACUGUGGAUUCAAUUGUGCUGAAGCAGUAAAUGUAGCUCCAAUGGACUGGUUACCUCAUGGACAGAAUGCUAUAGAGAUCUAUUCAGGUCAAAGGCGCAGGACGUCCAUUUCACACGAUAAACUCUUGCUUGGCGCUGCAAGGGAUGCUGUCAGAGCACAAUGGGAACUUAGUUUACUGAGGAAGAAUACUUCAGAUAACUUGAGAUGGAGAGAUGUUUGCGGAAAAGAUGGGGUUUUGUCUCAUGUGUUAAAGAGUCGUGUUGAUACAGAACGGGUGCGGAGGGAAUUUACUUGCAGUUCCUCACAGACAUUAAAGAUGGAAAGCACUUUCGAUGCAACUUGUGAGAGGGAAUGCAGCAUAUGCUUCUUUGAUCUGCAUCUCUCUGCAGCUGGGUGUCACAACUGCUCACCAAAAAAAUAUGCAUGCUUGAACCACGCAAAACAGCUGUGUUCAUGUCCGGAUGCUUCCAGAUUUUUCCUAUUUCGUUACAAUAUCACCGAGUUAAAUCUGUUGGUAGAAGCUUUGGUAGGGAAACUUAGUUCAAUAUAUCGAUGGGCAAGGCAAGAUCUUGGUCUCUCCAUGAGUUCAUACCUAAACAACAAAGAGUUAACCAAACCAGUUAACCAAAUUCAAGCUGAUCAUACUUCUGAAAAGUGUCCAUCAAACAAAACAGUUGCUACAGAAAGCAAGCCCAGAGUAAGAACUUCUGUUCCUGGGGAUGAUGAUGAUGUUAUCGUUCUUAGUGAUGAUGAGAAUGAGGAGACUGGGACAACAGUUGUUGGGAAUUCUCAAGGGGGUACAAGUUGUGCUCUAGAAAGUUCUGAGGGUUCUCAUAGUGCUGAGAAAGUGGAUGUAGAUGUAAAGUCAAGGUCAAUGGAUUUUGCACAAGCAUCAUUACAUCCUCAAGUUAAUGCUGAUGGACGUUUCAGAAAAAAAGGCCCUCGUAUUGCUAAAGUGGUGAGAAAAAUGAAUUGCAAUGUUGAAGUUCUUGAUUAUGGAGUUAUUCACCCGGGAAAGUUAUGGUGUGAUGUUCGUGCUAUUUACCCAAAGGGAUUUAGGAGUCGCACCAGAUACAUAAACGUUUUAGAUCCAACCAGCACAUGCAAUUAUGUCUCUGAAAUUCUGGAUGCUGGACAUUAUGGACCUUUGUUUAUGGUCUCCUUGGAGAAUUGUCCGAGUGAAGUAUUUAUCCAGUUUUCCGCAGUAAAAUGUUGGGAAAUGGUUCUGGAAAGACUUAACCGACAGAUUGCUACACUACGUAAGACAGGAAAAACAAAUCUUCCUCCCCUCCAACCUCCUGGAAGCUUCGAUGGCUUGGAAAUGUUUGGACUUUCUUCUCCGACAAUCGUCCAGGCAAUUCAAGCCCUGGACCAUGAUAGGGCGUGUUUGGAGUAUUGGAAUUCACGGCCGUUGGAGGAGAUUCAACAAGGGCCUGCUGUGUUUGGGGACGACCAGAAACCAAAACCAGCAGAUGAGGGUGAUAGUUCAUUACUUGGUCUCUUUAAAAAGGCCAGCGACGAAGAACUUGAAGCACUACACCGUCUACUACAAAGCCAUCCCUCAUCAACCGAUCGAGGCUUAGUGGCUCGGCUUCUAAACGACGAGAUCCAUAGGCCUAAAGGAUGAUUCUCUAUUUUGAAAACAUGGGUAUAGUUUUUUCUUUAUAUUUUUUUUUUGUUAAAGAUGGGUUUUUUACAUAGUAAAAUCUGAGCCCCAAUUUUGGUCAUGGGCCAUGCUACACUUACACCAAAAAUUGUACACCAUUUGUGCACCUCUCAUUUAUACACAAAUAUUUUGAUGAUUUACAUCGACAUAAAUGUGUGCAUUAACAAAAAUUUACACGGACACAAAGUGUUGGUACGUUAACAAAAAUUAAUUUUAUACCAACACAAAAUGUCAGUGCAAAUUUGCGUUCUACAAAUGGGGUACAAAAUUUUGGGGUAUAAAAAGCUCUAUCCUUCUGGUCAGAUAUGAUGGAUUUGCAGCGUAAACCCUCUGAAAUGUGAAAAAAUCUUACGCUGAAGAUCUUCUAUUACUGUACAGUGAUAAAAUAGUGCAGUCAAAAUGUUAGACUGCUCAACUCUGUUACUU